CACGUACUUUUAAAAUUUUUGUUUAAUUUCACUUUUUUAUUGUUUCACUUAUUCGUAUAAAUAUAAAGAGAAUUGUAUAAAUUAGUGUUUUCUUGACAAUUUAAUUAUAAUCUUCGAAUUUUUAAUCGAAUUCAAAAUGUACAAGAAAGCAGAAUUUCUGUUUAUUAUUACAAUCUGUUUGUUUAUAAUAAUGAAAAAUGUACAUUCUUUUGACUACGACAAGUGUGAUCCUAUGAGAUGUUCAAGAGGACCAAUAAGAUUUUAUGAAGAUAUGUAUUGUAAACCAAUUUACUUUGAGAAAGGUGAUUGUUGUCCUGAAAAAUAUGAUUGCUCUGAAGUUAAGAAAUAUGAUGUAAAUGAUUAUUGUUUCAUAAAUGGUAAGGCUUAUAGAAUUAAUGAAGAAGUGGACGAAAAUGAUAUUCCUGAGAAAAAAGAAUGCUAUUGUACUAAAAAUCGUUUAAAUAUACCUAAUAUAAACUGUAAUGGUUGGAAAUGUCCUGAAGUGAGGCUUCCACGUUCUAAAAAAAAUUGUUACAUAAAAUAUUCAAAUGAAAAGUGUAAAAAUGAAGUAGUUUGUCCUGAAGAUCCAUUAGAAUGUGAAAUUAAUGGAGAAAAAAUAAAAGAGGGCGAAAGUGAUUUCCUCAAGGGUAAUCCAUUUAAAGAAUGCUUUUGUCAAGAGGAGAUUGAAGACGGAAGAAAAGUCGCAAAGCUUUUUUGCAAUGAUGUGAAAAAUUACUGUCACAGUGAAUUUCUUUUUAGACUAAUGUUUACUGAAAACAAUGCUCCUCUUUAUUACAGUGAUUCACAUAUUCAUCCUCAAACUUAUUGUCCGGCCUUUUCAAAAGCUUACCAAAAAGGUGAUCAGGCGAUAAGAAAAGAAAUCAGUGCUCAUUAUGGAAAUUGUUCGUUUGGACCACUUCAAAUUCCAUUUUCUUCACGACUAAACAGAUAUAAUACAGAAAAAAAUACAUAUAGUUGCGCAAUUUGCAAAUGUGUAAUUCCACCAACUCUCACUUGUCAAGUAACGCCGUUAGCAGAGUGUGAAGAGAAAUUUGAAGAAUUUAAAAGAAAAAAUUCAGAUUAUAGUAAUGAACUUAAUAAUUGUGAAUUAAUUGAUAAAGAUUUAUGAGGAAGAAACUAAUAAUUAAAAUUUCCUCAUUAAGCUAAUGCUAAGGAAUAUUUUAAUAUCAAAUAUAAAAACAACUAUUUUUUUACCAUCUUUAACUAUUUAGUAAUAAAUAUAUUUUUUUUGAAAUUGUAUAGAGAAAUUUGAAAAUUGUUUGCAAAGCUUAUUCCAAAUUUGUAUAGUUUACGUUAAAUUAUUGUCGACUAUUAAAAUGUUGUGACAAAAUGAAGAAAUAAGUUUUAAAAACAAUUUUUUUAAUUAUAAGUAUAAAUAAAUAUUAUUUACAUUUAUAA